GGGCGGGCGUCCCUAUGCCUGCGCACAGUGUGGCCGCCGCUUCUGCCGCAACUCGCACCUGAUCCAGCACGAGCGUACGCACACGGGCGAGAAACCCUUCGUGUGCGCGCUCUGUGGUGCCGCCUUCAGCCAGGGCUCCUCGCUCUUUAAGCACCAGCGCGUGCACACAGGUGAGAAGCCCUUCGCCUGCCCACAGUGCGGCCGCGCCUUUAGCCACAGCUCCAACCUCACCCAGCACCAGCUCCUGCACACGGGCGAGCGGCCCUUCCGCUGUGGGGACUGUGGCAAGGCCUUCGCCAAGGGCGCUGUGCUGCUGAGCCACCGGCGCAUUCACACGGGCGAGAAGCCCUUCGUGUGCACGCAGUGUGGCCGCGCCUUCCGCGAGCGCCCGGCCCUCUUCCACCACCAGAGAAUCCAUACCGGCGAGAAGCCCGUCCGGCGAUCCAGGGCCGGCUUGCACCCCCAGGCCAGGUCUGUUUCCGCGACAGCAUCAGAAGGUGCGCCAGGGAAGGAAACCGAGCCCACUCCCGCCUCGGGCCCAGCCGCAGUCUCGGAGCCAGGGGAGGUCUGAGGUCACAGGUUGCAGCCCUGGCCUUGUGUGAAUCCCGUCCACAGCUAAAGGGCAUAUGUCCUCUGCAGAUCCACAGCAGAGAAAAAGCCCCGUGCUUGCUAGUCAGGGCUUUGGCUGUGAUUUCAUUUGCACUUGGGGACAGGAUUUGCCAGUUCACCCACAGAUCACACCUCCAUCCCCAAAGAGGUAACACUGCAGAAGCGUCAUGGGGAGGAUGUGGUGGCUGAACUCUAGUGGGGCCGAUACUAUUCAGAGCCAUUAGGAGGCGGACAGUCACAUCACUGCACUGUGGUGCUGCUUCAUGUGUUGACAGUGGGUGCUAAGGUGAGGGGGAUGUGGGCAUGGGUUGGGGGUGGCCUAGAGAGACUUAUGACAGCUGCACACAAACUGGCCGCUGGAUAGAUGCCCACUGAGGGUAUUCUCAACCCACCACUGCCUCUGUUCAUCCAAGGCUUCCUAGAGGCCAGUCUAGCAGACAAGAGACCACAAGGGACUGGGGAUCAGGGUGUGGGCUCUCAGUGUCAGCCACCUCCUCUGGGAAAAAAAAGGUUUGGGUCCACUGAACAUCAUGUUUGCAGACGCUGACAGGUGGGGUCCUAAUGAGAGCCAACACGUGCUCACUGCCAGCUCCUGUCCUGAGUGCUGGGAAAUUUCUCCUGAAGCCCUGUGAGAUGGCUGCUGUGGCUGGUAUCCUGACUUGGAAGAUGAGGAAACUGAGACACAAAGGGGAAGGUGAGUUUCCCAUGGCACACAGUGGAGUCGGUACCCAAGUCCGGGUGGACUGAUCCAGCAUCCAGAUGCCUCAUCUCCUGGGCUGCACUCUGGUUGGUCAGGUAUGAGGGCCUGGCCUGGCUUCACACACAUAGCCGACUCAGGAGAGGGAUGCCCAUGGGGGAACAUGUGACUCUCAGCUUUGGAAGGACAGAGCUAGGAUGAUGGCUUUCCAGUGGCACAUGUUCAGGUGUUCACCCAAGUCUCAGCUUGGCCAAGGCCUGUCACUGACUCGUUUACCAAAGUCGAUGUGAUGAGGAGCCUUUACACCUGAGGGGGAUGAUGUUAACUUCAGACAAGAUGGAGCUGCUCAUUUUUGCUGGGUGUGGUGGCCACUUCCCCCCCAACCCCUGUCUCACCUUACCCCUGUUAUCCCUCCUUAUUUGGAGGCUGGACAGACAGCUGAAUAGGAAGGACUUGCUAUUACCUAAGGCCAUGUGUGACACCCUCCUGACCCACCCUCCCCACCCCAGUGUAAUGUCCCUGCAUGGCCAGGACAGGAGGGUGGACUGGGGGCCAUUUGCUUCCUGUGGCCUUCAGCAGACCAGGCCGUGUCCCUACCUGGAGCCUCACCUCCAAGCAAAUUCAUGUUCUCUUUAAUGGAAAAAAAAAAAAAAAAAAACCCCGACUAGCUUCUGCAACUCGGAAUAGGUGUUGCAGUUUCCUGUACUGCAGUUGGGGCCUCUUGUCCCUACUCCAGAGCAUGGUUCAGUUUUUAAUAACAGUUCAAAGAGCUUCUCUGAUAAAGGUUUCUUUUUAAACGUGUGUGAACGGUAGCAACCUGACACCCAUUUCACCCUCAUACAAUGCAGAUGGUAUUGAACAUACCCUGACAUGCCAUCAGCGUUUGUCAUCAUCACAGAAGUUCCUGGACUUGGCUUCAACUUGGGUACCCUCAAGAGGCCACAGAGUAGAGAUGCAGCCUGUCUGUGGCCCAGGGAGGGAGUGGGAUACCUGUAUCCUUUUCAGGGCCAGAGGUGGGUUGAGGGAGCCAGGAGCUGGAUGAAAUGGAUAGAGUGGGGCUGCCUGGAGCAGCAGCUCGGCUAGGAGACGAGUCCUGGUGGAUCCUGGCAAUGGGAGGAUGGUAGGUGGAGAAACCAAGGCAGGGCUGUGUCCCUUCUGCUGCUGAUAGAGGGCGUGGCCAUGUGGUGACCCUGCAAGGCUGCCUCCAGACCAGUGGGCACUCCCUCCCAUGGCUUCCAAAAUCUUGCCGCUAUCCUGCCCUAUACACAAAGAGCAGACUCAGGCCCCACUUACUUGAUAUUGGGGCCAAAUUCUUCCACCUGUGAGGAGACACACAGGACCCAGCUCCCCCAGAGUCUGCAAGACUUGGGCCACCAGAAUCCCAGUAGGUCCCUGAACCAUUGUCCCCCACUAAGUCUGCAGAGCUGUGAAAAGCAGACAAUAACCCUUCCCUGCCUGAAAGAGCACUUUUCUGGGGAGCCCAUGGGAGUCAGGAGCAAAAGCAUCUGUCAAACAAGUAGAUACCCAGAGAGUCACAUGAAAUCAUUUCUGUGCCUUUGAUAGAUGCUGCUUGAACAAAGCUUCUGCCCUGAGCCUGCCUGCCCCUCAGGCUGGGCUCAGUGCCCUACCUUGUCUUCCCACUGGCCUCCUCCCUCCAUCAGGCUCCUUUCCACAUCUGCUUGUUCCCCUGUUGUCCCUCAGUUUGUCCACCCUCUUCCAAUCUCCCCCUCCCCAAACCCAUGACUGGUCAGUGGCCCCCAGCCUAGGCUCCCGCCUCCAUGCAGGUCUUGGCCCCUCAGCUGACCUCCCUCCAACCUCCCCCUGUGCUCUUACUUUUGAGUAGGUAGUGACUGUAAAAGUAUCCCUGGAAUUCUAGGUCAAAAGGUCAGACAGAACACCUGCAUCUCAGUGGGCUCAGAAAUCCACUGAAACCACAGAGGGGAGUCUUUAAAACACAUAAACCCACAAGUAUGAGAAUGGUGAAAGAGGAGUCAGGAGCAAUGGCAUGCCUAAGCUAGACGUGGAUGAGAGCUGUCACUACGUUAGGGAAGGCCAAAUACUGCGUGGCGACUUGGGGAAGUGGAGAGAGUUCCCACCAGGCUGACUCCAGAACUGCAGAAGGCUAAGAACCAGCAGCCCAGAGACGGGAGACCUAUAACCCAGCUGCCUGGGGAACAGCUACUGAAGAAGCCCUUGACGCCCCCACUGCUCUCCCCACCUGGUGGAGGGUGAAGGUUUUUUUGUUUUGUGAGACUCUCCGCAUGGUCCCAGAGAAAAGACCUAAGCACCUCAUCCCCAAAAACAACCUGAGGCCGCCUCUGGAAAGCUCCAAGUUGACAGGUCUCACCCACGCACAUGCUCAGCGCUUCCAAUCAGCGAUUAAGGGCAUUGCUUUUCAUCUGGAGCAGGCAGCAGGGGUUCCCAGGUAUCCAAAGAAACCAAAACAGGCGGUGUAAUUUAGGACUGAAUAAUUCAUGACUCGGCCACUUUAAGUGUGGAAGCAAAACUGACCCCACAGAUACAGAAAACUAACACUGCUUAUUGGGAGAUACUAGUGUCACCCUGUCUAGUUCUGCUCCCCAAAUUAAAUAAAAGGUAAACAGUUGAGCACGUCCCAUCAGCCUGGAGGGAAACUUCCGCCCCCGACUUUGUAGGACUGACAUCUGAUGUCAGAGACUGCGGUCACAACCGUCGGUACCUCCUCAGGGCGCUUAACAGGUCAAAGAAGGCCCUCGCACCCUCCCGCCGGCAGAAAGCCCAGGCUCAGGGUGGUCUUCCCACACCACCGCCUCUCCCGGGACCACUUGGAAGCAAGCGCCAGCGAACUAGUGGACCCAGGAAACCACUGGGCCGCGACUUCCAGCCUCUUCGGAAGUCGAGGCAACGCGCCUGGAGGUUGCCAUGGGAACAGCUGGAGGCGGGCGGCUCUGCCCUGUGUUCUCGGGGCUGCCCGCGGGAAAUGGCGUGGGAGCGGCGGGGGCGAAGCAAGCGCCCCUCUGAUUGGGUAAAACCUCCUGCCUCUCCCCUCACCUGGCAAUAGGAACCGGUCCACUGUACAGACGCGCGGGUUUACAGCAUCGGGAGAGCUGCUCCCAGGGCGGAGGGAGCCCUUAUAACGCGGACUCUGCGGCACCUCCUAGAGGAACAGAGCGCCUCUCAGGCCUCAGAGGCUGCUGCAAAUGCUAGUCUUCGGGCCACGGCCGCGCCUGUCUUGCGGACGCUCAUGGGAAACGUAGUUCAAAGGGCGUGGGUGGUGCCUUCGGUGCAGGCGAGCGAUUGGUCGGCGCGGCGUCGCCGGGGCAACUCCCGGCUAAGGCUCCCCGCGUUGCGCGGCGCCGCUUCCGGGAAGCGGCCUCCCAGCAACGGCUCCGGGGUAGAGGCCCAUCUUGACGAUUCCAAGACCACCCCCUUGAGCAAAAAUGCCAUCCCCUCUGGGUCCCCCAUGCCUGCCCCUCAUGGACCCAGAGACCGCCUUCGAGGAGCCUGAGACUGCCCGCCUCCGCUUCCGAGGGUUCCGCUACCAGGAGGUGGCAGGUCCCCGAGAAGCCCUGGCCCGGCUGCGUGAGCUGUGUCGCCAGUGGCUGCAGCCUGAGGCACACUCCAAGGAGCAGAUGCUGGAGAUGCUGGUGCUGGAGCAGUUUCUGGGCACACUGCCUCCCGAGAUCCAGGCCUGGGUGCAUGGUCAGCGGCCAGGCAGUCCUGAGGAGGCCGCUGCCCUAGUCGAAGGACUACAGCAUGACCCUGGGCAACUGUUGGGCUGGAUCACAGCGCACAUCCUGAAGCAGGAGGUGCUCCCUGCAGCCCAGAAGACAGAGGAACCAUUGGGGAGCCCCUACCCCUCAGGGACAGUGGAGUCCCCUGGAAAGGGUCCCCAGGACACCGGAAUAGAGGGGUCUGUCCAGCUCAGCUGCAGUGUGAAGGAGGAGCCCAAUGUCGAUGGACAGGAAAUGGCACCCUCCAGCCCUCCGCUUGCAGUGCAGUCCCCUGAGGGGCACCAUGGACACCAAGAAGCAGCCUCCACAUCCUUCCACCCUCCCAGGAUUCAGGAGGAGUGGGGGCUGCUGGACCGGUCACAGAAGGAACUGUACUGGGAUACGAUGCUGGAGAAGUACGGCACAGUUGUCUCCCUGGGGUUACCGCCCCACCAGCCAGAGGCACAGGCCCAGUCAGAGCUGGGGAUGCUGCUCAUGGGGACAGGCGUCUGCAGAAGCCUGCGCUCAGGAAAUGAGAGUGAGGGUCCACCCGGCUGCCCAGAGGCCCAGCCGCCCCAGGGCCCAGGGCCUGCAGCCUGGGAGGGCCUGCCUGAGGCCACCACUCCUGCCCCCACUGCGCGCCCAGGGACACCGCCAGUGCCCACUCAGCCCACACCCGCAGAGACGAGACUGGAGCCGGGUGCCACCCCUAGGAAGCCCUACACGUGCGAGCAGUGUGGCCGCGGCUUUGACUGGAAGUCAGUGUUCGUCAUCCACCACCGGACACACACGAGUGGGCCAGGUGCGCAGUCCCCAGGGCUAGCCGCCGGGGAAGGCACAGAGAAGCCACCGCAAGGGGAGCUGGCCUUUCCGCACCACCCCCGACAUUCACUCACAGGCCCCCAGAGCUACCCAUGUGAGGAGUGCGGGUGCAGCUUCAGCUGGAAGUCGCAGCUGGUCAUCCACCGCAAGGGCCACACGGGCCAGCGGCGCCACUUCUGCAGUGACUGUGGCCGCGCCUUCGACUGGAAGUCGCAGCUGGUCAUCCACCGUAAGGGCCACCGGCCGGAGGCUCCAUGAGCAGCCAGAUGGCGCAGUCACUCGGGGCCUCGCUGUUCUCGCGGCCUGGAUGCAGCCUCUGGGGCACCAGUAGAAGAUUCUGGAGGCAGAAGGGGAUGCCGGAGUGAACAGGGGGUCCUAAGCCAGUUCCCUGCCCCGAUCUGGUGUCCCCCAAAAGACCUGGGUGCAAGGAAAAGGAGCUGCUCCCUCCCUCCUUGCCCCUGCCUCCUGGAGGGAGGUCUGGGUUCCUUUCUGUGGGUGACCAGUGCCUGUGGGGUGACUGCCAAGCACCAGGCUCCCUCCCUCCCCGCGACAUGGCCCGGGAUGACAACACUCCCUCUCUGGGACAUCCUUGCCUCAGGUGGGUCUUCACAAACUGUGCCUUCCCACCCCUCUGUGCAGAGGCUGGGCCUGAGGUUUCAGUGUGAAGGGCAGAAGACCCAGGAAAGCCCAAUUGGCUCCCGUUUCUCCUGCUCCAUGUGUGUGUGAGAAUUUUAACAUAAAUUCCACUUUCAUAAUACAGAGUUUCUGAAUAAGAA